CACUGAAGUAAGUUAGUCAGUCAGUUUUACUCGGAGUAGUUUCUUCCUAUUCCACUAAGGUAGUCUCCAUUCGGAUUUCGGAAACGUCGACCCCCGAUAGAGACGUGUGGUCCAGACAAAUUAAUUGAACAUCCGAGAAGUAAUUAUUAUCUGGAUUGUUGGUACAGAAACAACCCGACAGACGGUUUGAAAAAAGUGUUUCCCCCCCCAUGCGCCGGCCAUUGCUUGUGUCCAUCGCAUAUAAACCAUCGGUCACACCACGGUUAAUCCUUCCUUCGUUCCCUGCGCAAUCCUGCAUUUCACUUCCUUCCCCGCUCCGCAACAGCAACACUUACUUCUUUGCGACUCCUCCUCGUCCUCGUCCUUCGCGACAACAACAACCACCACAACUAUACUUCACCCUCUCACCAACGCACCACCAUCUGCGACUCAGUUCAUCCCUCGCAAACAUGUCUUCCGCUACCACUUUCUACGACUUCGAGCCCGUCGAUAAGAAGGGCAACCCCUUCCCCCUCACCGACGUGAAGGGCAAAGUCGUCCUCGUCGUCAACACCGCCUCGAAGUGCGGCUUCACCCCGCAGUUCAAGGGGCUCGAGACCCUCUACCAGGAGCUCAAGGCCCAGUACCCGGAGGACUUCACCAUCCUGGGCUUCCCCUGCAACCAGUUCGGCAGCCAGGACCCCGGGUCCAACGAUGAGAUCCAGUCCUUCUGCCAGCUCAACUACGGCGUCACCUUCCCCGUGCUGGGCAAGCUCGACGUCAACGGCGACAAGGCCCACCCCGUGUGGACCUGGAUGAAGCAGGAGCAGCCGGGCCUGCUGGGCAUGAAGCGCAUCAAGUGGAACUUCGAGAAGUUCCUGAUCUCCGCCGACGGCAAGGUGGUCGGCCGCUGGGCCAGUCUGACCAAGCCCGAGUCGCUCAAGGACACCAUCGUCCAGGAGAUCGAGAAGGCGCGGAAGGAGGGCAAGCUGGCCUCCCAGACCAAGGGUGCUGCUGCAGCUGAGGAAGCUCCUACUGCCACGGCGGCGGCUGCCGCGCCUACUCCUGCUGAGGGUGCUGAGGCCAACCUCUAAAGGACAUAAUGGUCGGUUUACGUUGGGAGAGUCUAAUUCGGUUUCGUGGGAAGUUGCGUGAGCUGUUUCAAGUGUGAUACCAUUUCCUUGUUUGUUGUUCUGUGUCUUUUAGGUGGUGGUUUUCAUGAAUACAAAUGAAUACAAUGCUCGUUUUGAUUCUGACGAGCAAUCUUGUUCCGU